UUGUGUCGAUAGGACGGAUCCAUAGCACCCACAGGAACUACUGCCCAACCAGCUCGCCCCGCGCAAUAUUCCCUCGAUGUCUGGCUCUGGCAACGAAGUACUCUCUUGGACGUCGCAGGACCCCCGGACAAGUCAGCUCUUUGGCAGCUACGGGGUGUUGUAUAAAUUCACGACGGACGUGAACGCCCAAGGCGUCAAUGUCACGACACUAUGGAGGACAAUUCGCGCCAACAAAGAGGACCGCGUCGCGAAGCUUGAGUGGGCGCCGUCCGGCGGGCUUGGACGCGCGGUUAUUGGCAAGAGCACGCUGCCCAUGGCAGACCUAGUCCGCCCCGACCCUCGUGUACCGAAUUGCAGGAUGUUCAACGGCCCCGACGGCUAUCAGUACCGGUGGCGGCCAAGCAGUAACGCCACAAACGACGUUGUGCUGGAGGACCCGAACGGAAAUGUGAUUGCAUUUUACCGCCAUAUCCGACCGCAGCGGUACAACAUUGGCGACGUCUACUGCGAAUUGCACUUCGUGCGGAAUGCCGGAGCUGGCGUCGUGAUGCACCCUCCCCUCAUGGACACGGUGACGGUGACAGCCAUGCUGUAUCGUUUCGUCAUUGCCUAUGCCUUGUGAUAUCUCUUCUCGCAUUCCCGUCAGCGCAUCCCUCAUCUUCACAUUCCUACAUUAUUCGCAAUCACACAAAAUGUAAAAACUACAGGCACACAGCGCAGGAUCUCGCUAUAUGUAUCCUUCUAGCAUACGCAAUGGUCAGAUGUACAGUAUCCAUUAAUUUGUUCAAUGACGAAGAGUUCCGAACCACGUACCGAAGCGUGUCGCAGAGAUCUACAGCGCGUUCUAACACC